UUUGAAUGUUAUUAAUAUACGUGUUCAAUGAUCAAAAUCAUAUCAACACACUACACGCAUUAUAUUCUUUUGACUCAAGAAUGUACCAGGCUCGAAGCAAUUCUCUUUGUACUUCGUGCCAAAGUGCACAGUCGUCGAUACUGAUGUCUCGAGUUCUAGUGAUGGCGCUGGCUUUGUCGCUGGCGGCUGCUGAGAGCCCCGCUUGCUUAAAGGCUGGCACCAUUGGGAAGGACACCUUUCUACCAGCUCCGAACAUGUUUGUGGCGAAUUGGGCCACAUGUGCCAUGAAUUGUGCGAAUAGCCCAAUUUGUCAAGAGUUCUCCUUCAAGAAGGAUACCGCACCAACCUCCGGUGGCUGUUGGCUCUUCAACCAAGCCGAUGUGACUCUGGCAGAAGAUGCCCAGGCUGUGACUGGACCGAAGAGCUGUCAAGAUCCCGAUUUCGAUCCCGCCAUUGCGGAUUCCAUUGUGAACACCGCAGCAGUGGCUCCAACCAAAGUGGAAAGCGUGAACGUUUCCCCACCAGUCACCCCAGUCACUCCAGUCACCCCCGUCACCCCCGGUGUCGAUGCAACUGGUGUGGCUGCCAUCACAGACAUCACAGCCAGUGCAGUACCUGCUGAUGCAGCGGCCCACGCUGCCAAUGCAGCGGCCGAUGCGGCCGUCGAUGCGCUGGUACCGCAAAGUGAUGCGGUGGCCAGUGUUUCAGCUGCACUUCAGCAUGGUGAUGGUGCCCCAACCAAGGCAGAGACCUCCUUGGUGGCAGAUGUGAGGUCCGGUGGUCCUGAUCAUGCUGCGCUCUACUGUGUCCUCGGUGGGGGGGCCGCUGCUGCAUUGAUUGCUGGCGCCGGAUACAUGAUGAUGCCCCAUGACAAAAAGAAGAAGAAACGCAGUGUAAAAUCCGAGUCCAAACAUGAAGAGAUUGAAGCUCCUCAAGCUCCAGAUGCAGAAGCUGAUGGAGAGGCCUCCUAUAUGCCGGUUCCUCAGCUGCAGCAACCGUCUCUCUUUGCGCCAGACUACCAUCAGAUGCAGAUGGGGGGAACCUACCAGCCGAUGACCGCCCCUGCGUACGAGCUGAUGGGGCCCAUGCCAGUGCUGCAGCCUUUGCGGCCGAUGGCUUUCCAAGGAAUGACGUUCCAGACGCCGAUCGAAGCAGGAACCUAUGCACCCAUUGGGCAAAGACUCUAGAUUUUACAUAUUCGAUACUCGCGAUGUGUAGAUAGCGCCAUAAUAAUCUGUAGAUAAUUUGCUUGCACGGCACUGGCAGCACUGGUUAGAUAGUGUAUGGAAUCUGGAG